GCUGAUUGCUGGGAGCACGUGCCUAGCAAGUGCAGCGUACCAGGAAAAACUGGCGGCCAAUCCAACAUGGAUGUGUUCCUCAGCCAAAUGGCAGCCCAUGGGUACGAAUGCCAGCCUGUCCUCACAGACAGCAGCGAGUUUGGCUUGCCUGCAAGCCGCCGGCGCUUGUACGUCUUUUUGGUGCGGGUGGAAGCAAAUCCUUUGCUGUCCUUCCAGGAUAGAAGCGUGGAUUCCAUCUUCUCCGCAUUUGGCGGCCUUUUGUCUGGAUGUGUGAGGCAAGGGCCUUGUGCUUCCGAAGUUCUUUUGGCUGACGAUGACCCUGCGGUGCUCGCUGACUUAACCCAUCGGAUGCAGCGACGCGAAGAGCUCAGUCAAUAUGAAAAGCCUUCGAGCACAGAGUGGGCAGAUCACCACAUGAAGAUGGCAGAAUCUUUGCGGGUGAGGUGGGACCAGGGGGCGCAGCCCAACGUCUCCAACAACUCAUGGUACAAGACUUUGACUGACAGAGAGCAGGACGCGCUCCCGCUCCUACAAGUCCAAUCCCCUGGUAGCCUCAUGCGGGAUUUGUCCCAAAGCAUUAACCGCGCCAAUGCCUUUACUUGGAAGGCAGAAGCAGGAAAGCACAUCGCGCCCACCAUGCUUCCAAAGAUGAAUUUAUGGCUUGAUUUCCAGCGCUUGCUGUUUUUGGAACGCUUGGAUACUUUUCAAGCUCAAGCGGAGGCCGCUGGCCUGGUUGCCCAAGCUGCGCAGCAGUCAAAUACCAAGCCGCUUGUGAAAAGGGCCAAGCAUCCUCACCAAGUCAAUGAGAGGAUUGACUUCAGGAAGCAAGACCUCUUGCUCACUUGGCGGCCCACAGAGACAGUAAUGCAGGACUUAGCUGGCAACACUAUGUCAUUGCCGGUGGUCAUGACGAUGUUGCAAUGCGCAUUUGUCGCUGUGAACUGGCAAUCCGCUGGCGAAGUGAGGCGAGCUGCUGAUGCACCUGCGACGACGCAGCAGGACUGA